GAAAUGGGGAAGAACCCUCCUAAGAGACUUUAGUCCCUACAGCAGUGCCGUAUUUCUUUUGCAGUGUCUGGAAAUGUUGUUAUUACUGCCAGGUCUGUUUGCUCCAACCUCCGCUCCUGUUGUUCUCUCUCCCGUGGAAGCUGCAGGCACCCGUGCCACAAUGCCGUCUCUGCCACUGCUCCUCUGCCUGACCUUGUGCACUGUUUGCCUCAACUGGGGGCAGCCCCUUCCAGAGGCAAGUGAGAGCAUGGGAAGAAAUCUCCUGGAUCAAAUGCUGCAGAGAUCUGAAAGCCUCAUUCUCCAGUCUAUCCUCAAGAAAGCUGAAAAGGAAGAAGAGAUGAAUAAAGAAUCAAAUGCCCCUGUGACAGGAUGGCUUUCCAAAAGACAGCGCCCUGGGAGAAAGUACCUAAGUGACCUGGAGAAGAGACAGCACCCUGGAAAAAGAGAUGCUGAGGAAGACGCAUCUUAUGGAGACAUUCAGAAGAGGCAGCAUCCAGGGAAAAGAGAGAGAGGAGACGACCUGGACGGCUAUCUGGAGCUGCAAAAGCGACAACAUCCCGGAAGAAGGUCACUGCUGGAUCAGUAUGCUGACAUCCCCAGCGCACAGCUACCCUACUCGAAUGAGCUAUCUAAGAGACAGCAUCCAGGCAGAAGGUAUCUCAUGUACAAGCGCCAGCAUCCUAGCAAAAGAAGCUGGAAUGAUGAGGUAGAUCUAAGUGACCGGUACCGUGAGAAACGCCAGCACCUUGGGAAAAGGCACUGGAAUUCUGACAGCUCAGAUGAUGCAGGCCCCUGCAACUUUCAGGAGUCCUUCAUCUGUAACCAAGGCAGUUUGUUGCUUGACUUAGUAGAAAAUAUUAGCAAAGACAGGGUAGAAGAAAAGCGUCAGCACCCAGGGAAGAGAUCAGCACGGGAGAGUGAACCAGAGGAAUGA